GUGAGCAUGGGCAGUUGGCAACAGCUCGCUUUCUUCUUGACGCACGCGCUGACUUGGAGAACGGGAAGUCGAAUGGUGCCACUCCGCUUUUUGUUGCAUGUGAAGGUGGCCAUGUGGACACUGUUCAGUUCCUCUUGGAAGCUCGAGCGGAGCCCAGUGCCCCCAUGUCAUCAGAUGGCGCCACGCCUUUACUGAUAGCCGCCCAGAACGGGCAUACACAGGUAGUCAACCUGCUUUUGGAGGCUGGCGCAGAUAAAGAUAUGCAAAGGACAAGUGAUGGGUCAACACCCGUGAUCAUGGCCGUGCAAUUUGGCCAGCUGGCUGUUUUGCGCGAGUUGGUUGAAGUCUCUGCUGACUUAAGCAGUGCGAGGGCGGAUAGCCUGACACCCCUCCUGCUGGCCUGCGAGCAAGGAUUUUUUGAUGCUGUAGAGUUCCUUCUAGAACUUGGGGCAGACGUGAACCAGGCUAAGGAGAACGGCGCAACAGCUUUGUUCAUCUCAGCUGAGUCUGGCCAUCAGGACAUCCUGGAGAUGCUGCUGCACAAAAGAGCGGACGUACUACAAACCAUGGCAAGUGAUGGGGCAAGUCCUCUGCUGAUAGCAGCGCAGAAUGGACACCUACAAGCAGUUCAAUCGCUGGCAGAGGCGCUGGCGAACAUAGAUAUGGCGCGGACAAGCGAUGACUCAACACCUCUGAUGAUGGCCUGCCAAUUUGGCCAACUGGAUGUCAUCAAAUUCCUUCUGCUUCGCAGGGGCAACGUACAAACCAGAAGAAACGAUGGGAGCACAGCUCUUAUCACUGCAUGUGAGCAUGGGCGAGUGGCAACGGCUCGCUUUCUUUUGUCUGCUCGAGCUGAUUUGGAAGGAGGAAAGACAAACGGCGCCACUCCGCUGUUUGUUGCCUGUGAAGCUGGCCAUGUGCGCUCGGUUGAAUUCCUGUUGGAAGCGCGAGCGGAGCCCGGUGCUCCCAUGUCAUCAGAUGGCGCCACACCUCUGCUGAUAGCCGCCCAGAACGGGCAUACACAGGUAGUCAACCUGCUUUUGGAAGCCGGCGCGGAUACAGACAGGCGCAGAACAAGUGAUGGGUCAACACCCCUGAUCAUGGCGUCGCGAUUUGGACAGCUCGCCGCUGUACGCCAGUUGGUGGAAGCUGGCGCUGACAUGAACAGUACCAGAGAAAGUGAUGGAGCUACACCACUCCUGGUGGCAUCUGAGCACGACCGACUGGACGUCAUCCAGUUUCUGCUAGAUCAGGGCGUUGACAUCAACCAGGCUAAGGACAAUGGUGCGACAGCCGUGUCUAUAGCAAGACAGUUCGGCCAUCAGACCAUUGCGGAGCUUCUUCUGCGUAGACUG